AUGCAUCGCAUCGCAUCGCGCUUCACUUUACGCACAGUUUCGCUCACAUUUGAACCCUGGAAUUUUCCGCCCCGCUUCCUUGCAGCGCUUCCUUGCAGCCUAGGUGGUGUCGUCAUGGCACAAAAGGAUAUUUACAGCGCCGUCGCAUCUCUGAAUUCUAGCACGCCGGGACGCCAGAAGGCUUCGGGAAGCGCGAAGAAGACUCUCAUUGCGCUCCACCUCGGGCCUGGCCUGGGCCUCGGCCCCCUCCGAAUGUCGCCCAAUGUUGGCCUGAGCCCUGCUUCACUGCCACGACUUCCCGCCAGCUGCCAACUUAUUCCUGACGCUGCACCAUUGGAAAGCUCGGUGUCCCAGUUCUACUCCCAGAAAGUGUUUUCUUACUUCGCUGCAUUAAGGCGUCCAAGUUCCAAAGUCUGCGUGCCAUCCAGCGGAGACCAAUCGACUGUGGCCAGCCGCAAAGCUGACUUGUCUUGCUGCACAGAGCCGGCACUUGACCAUGACCUGCAGUCCGCCGUGGCUCAUCUGCCCCGCCAAGGACUGCUGCCCACUGCUCGUCGAGAUCCCAGAGAUCCCGAGGCCUCCCAUGGCCUAGAGCCUUGGAGCCGCGUGGACGCCGACCCGUUUUGUCGUGGCUUUGUCGUUGCUGCUUCUAAUGCAUCCAUUGGCUCCGAGAGCUUUCCGGAGACAGAGAGCACAGGCAUGCAUGCACCGCCGCUGGGCUUGCCUACCUCUCGGUGUCAGAUUCGGACCUCGCCAAGAGGCAGCCACGCAGACCAAGUAAUCCAGGAAACGCAUCACAACCUUCUAGAGAUACCUUCACACGAAUGA